CUCAACAAGACAGGCAGGCAGACAGGCAGGACCGGUGAACAGGUGGAUGCAGAGGACAGACGGGUGCAUCCAUGACAAGUAGAAAAAUGUCCUUUUUUGAGAUGUGGAGGAGCAAGAAGGAGAGAGGGGAGCUUCUCAAGAGAGCCAAUCAGCUGAGACUUCGUCCUUCGCAGCUGAGGCUGCUGCUGGGGGACAGUGGGGUUCGAGCAGCGCUGCAGAACACCAGGACGGCGUCUCUGCUGCCCCCUGUUGGUGCGGAGGUCUUCAGACGCCUGACACUGGCUUCACUUGGGAAGAUACAACAACAAUGUGAAGCUGAGGAGGUGGAGCUACAGACGAGGAGAAGCAAUGAGGUAACAAAGAACAACCAGGCCAAACCAGCCAUUGACCUGGAGGCUGGGAAGCUCCUCCCAUUCUUCUACGGAAACCCACCCCCUGAGCUUCUGAACACCCCAUUGGAGGAUUUGGAUCCCUUCUACCAAUCAAAGACGUUCAUCGUGCUCAGUAAAGACAACAUAAUUCACAGGUUUGAUGCUCAGUCGAUCUGUUUCCUGCUGAGUCCGCUCAACCUGCUAAGGACCGUCCCCAUCCAGAUCCUCACGAGCUCUAUAUUCAGUUGGUUCAUCAUGUUCACGAUUCUCACCAACUGUGUGUUCAUGACCAUGAGGGAGCCACCAGCAUGGAGCAGGACUGUGGAACCCAUGUUCACAGCCAUCUACACGUUUGAAGCCAUCAUAAAGGUUGUUUCCAGAGGUUUCUGUGUCGGGAAAUUCACCUUCCUUAGAGAUCCCUGGAACUGGCUGGAUGUUAUGGUGAUCAGCACGGGAUUCCUAACGGAGUUUGUAGACUUAGGCAAAGUUUCUGUGCUCAAGACAGUUCCUCGAGUCCUGAAGAUCAUCCCAGUCAUCCCAGGUCUGAGGAAGACUGUCGGAGCUCUCGUCCAAUCACUGAAGGGACUCGCUAAUGUCCUCGUUCUGGUGGUGCUCUGCAUCAGCUUCUUGGCUCUGAUUGGUCUGCUGCUCUUCAUGGGAGAUCUGAAGAGCAAAUGUGUCAUGUGGCCUAAUGUGGAAAAUGUGACUUUCCAGGAGAGCAUUAACAACCCUGAUAAUCACUACUUUCUGCCUGAUCGGCAUGACGCGCUGCUUUGUGGAAACAACUCUGAUUCUGGGCGCUGUCCGGAGGGCUACACCUGUCUGAAGGUAGGAAGCAACCCAAACUAUGGCUUCACCAGCUUUGACUCGUUUGGUUGGUCUCUGCUGUCCGUGGUCAGACUGAUGAGCUACUGGGAAGACCUGGUGCAGCUGACGUUACGAGCAGCAGGUAAAACCUACCUGACCUUCUUCGUACUCGUCGUCUUCCCCGGCUGCUUCUGCAUCCUCAGCCUUGCCGUGGCGGUCAUUGCCACGCUGUCCAGUGAGCAGGAGGAAGCCGGCGUUACCGUGCUGAAGCAGAGAGAAGAAGAGUUUGCUCAGAUCCUGAAAGCAAUAAAGAGGAGAGAGGAAGAGGAGCAGCCGGCCUGCAGGGCGGCGCUCUCAUCGGAACCUGAUGGUGAAAACACAGAGGGGCUGGAGGACCAGAGGUCCUGCCCCCAAUGUUGGUUUGUCUUCGCCGACUUCCUCCUGAAGUGGAGCUGCUGUGGCUGCUGGCGGUGGCUCAAACAGCGACUCUACAGCUUCAUCACAAGCCCGUUCUUUGACCUCGGGGUCGUCAUCUGCCUCAUCGUCAACAUCCUCUUCAUGUGCAUGGAGCAUUACCCCAUGACGGAGCGCUUUGAGCUGACGCUGAGUGAAGCACAGCUGGUCUUCACAGUGAUCUUCACAGCCGAGAUGCUCCUCAAACUCGUGGCCAUGGACCCGUAUGGAUACUUCCAGGUGGGCUGGAACAUCUUUGACAGCAUCAUCGUUGCCGUCAGCCUGGUGGAGAUGACUGAUGCUGUGGAUCUUCGCUGGUUUUUAGUGAUGCGAGUGUUCAGGCUGGCCAGGUGGUGGCCGUCCCUCCACAUGUUCAUAAAGCUUGUCUGGACUUCGGUGAUGGCUCUGAGAAACCUGACCUUCGUUCUGUUCAUCAUGGUCUUCAUCUCCAGCUUGGUCGGCAUGCAGCUGUUCCAGCAGGACUACAGAGACCACGUCUGUCGCAUCUCAAUGGACUGCCAACUUCCGCGUUGGCAUUUCAGUGACUUUUUCCACUCCUUCCUCAUCAUCAUCAGGGUCUUGUUUGGAGAGUGGAUCGAAAUCAUGUGGGACUCCAUGGCGGUCUCAAAUCAGACCACAUGUCUGAUAUUUUUCUCAAUGGUUCUGGUCAUCGGAAACCUGCUGGUCCUGAACCUGUUCCUGAGCUUGCUGCUGAGCUCAUUCAGCACUGAUUGUGUAGCGGAUCCAGAAGAAGAAGAAAAAAGCAAUCUGGAGAUCGCCUUCAGGCAGAUCUACAGGGCCUUGGGGACUUUACUGAGGAAGAGCACACAUGUCAACCCAGACCACACAGAUAAUAAAGAAAUCCCCAGGAAGAAAGGUGAGCACGACACCCUGAUCAGCGACUCCCGGUGGGUCCCCAUCGCCCAUGCCGAGAAAAUGUCUGACGAUGAAGAAGAAAAAGAAAAAAAAAGACUCUGUGCAGACCGUGAGGAUCAGGAUAGAGACCUGCCUGAGGACUGCUGCAGUGACAAGUGUUGCCGGUGCUGUCCAUUCCUGGACGUAGACACAUCCCAUGGCAGAGGGAGGGUCUGGUCUAACUUCAGAAGAGCAUGUUUCUCCAUUGUGCAGCACACAUGCUUUGAGAGCAUCAUCAUCAUCAUCAUCGUGCUGAGCAGUGGAGCUCUGGUGUUUGAGAACAUUCACCUGCAGCACCGUCAGGUGUUGAAGAUGGUUGUGGCGAGAGCAGAUGAGGUGUUCACCUGUCUUCUCCUGAUGGAAAUAUUUCUCAAGUGGCUCGCUUUCGGACUCAAGAAAUACUUCAGCGACGCCUGGAGCUGGAUUGACUUCCUCAUCUUACAGGUGUCUCUGGUGUCUCUGGCAGCUGACACCUUUGGAUUCUCUGAAAUGGGAGCCUUUCAGUUUUUGAGGACUUUGAGGGCUUUGGGGCUCCUGAGGGUAAUUUCUCGCUUCCAGGGCCUGAGGGGGGUGGUGCAGGCUCUGGUCCGGACUGUCCCGUCCAUGUUGGACUUCCUGCUGGUGGUUCUGGUCCUCUGGAUGGUUUUCAGUAUCCUGGGAGUGAAUCUGUUUGCUGGAAGGUUUUUUUACUGUUUUAAUGAGACGGCAGAGGAACUGUUCUUACCUGAGGUUGUGAACAACAAGACCCAGUGUCUCUGGCUCUCCAUGGAAAACUUCACUGAGGUCAGCUGGAAGAACCCACAGUUAAACUACGACAACGUGUUGAGUGGUUACCUGCCACUGCUGCAGCUGGGGGCAUCAUCAGACUGUGUGGACGUCAUGUACUCAGCUGUGGACGCCACAUGGGUGGAGUCACAGCCGAUCUAUGAGUCCAACAGGUACAUGUACCUGUACUUCAUCUGCUUCAUCAUCAGCUCCUUCUUCACUUUCAACUUCUUCAUCAGAGUCAUCAUCGACCACCUGCAAAGAGACAAGUCAGCAGGGAAAACGAUUUAUUUGACAAAGGAGCAGCGAAAAUAUUACAAUUCUGUUCAGAAACGUAUGAUGCAACCUCAGAAACCUGUUCCACGACCUCAGAAUUGCUUCCAGGCUCGGCUCUUUGACCUGGUGACCAGCAAGUCUUUUAGAGUCUUCAUGGUGGUGAUGGUCUGCCUGAACAUGGUGACCCUGAUGGUGGAGACAGACCAGCAGAGCUUCCAGAAAGAAGACAUUCUGAUGGGGCUCUACAAUGUCUUCCUAGUUAUCUUCAUCACAGAGUUCCUUCUGAAGAUCGUCGCGCUCAGACAGCACUACUUCACCGACGGCUGGAACAUCCUGGACCUCGUGGUGAUCACCGCCUCCAUCUUAAGCAUUGUUUGUGACAAGUACAUGGUGCUGUACUUUAAGUAUGCUUCUCUCUUCAUGGUGCUGCGAGUGGUUCAUAUCUUUCGUCUCCUCUACUGGGCCAAGGGUAUCCGGAAACUGCUCAAUGCCUUUAUGCUGUCACUUCCUGCCCUUUUCAACAUUGGCCUCCUCCUCUUCAUCGUCAUGUUCACCUCCUCCAUCUUCGGCAUGUUUAACUUUGCUUAUGUGAAGAGAGGGUACAUGAUCGACGAUAUGUUUAACUUUGAGACAUUUGGGAACAGCAUGAUGUGUUUGUUAAUGAUUACUACAUCAGCUUCAUGGGGUGGUUUUCUGAUUCCCAUCAUGAAGACUCCGCCGGACUGUGACCCCGACAUGGAGAACCCAGGAGCCGCAAUCAGGGGGAACUGUGGAAGCCCAGCAGUCGCCAUUGUGUUCUUUGUCACCCACAUCUGCUUGACCCUCCUGCUGGUGGUCCACCUGUACAUCGUUGUCAUCCUGGAGAUCUUCGAGUAUGAGGACGCCGAGCCGCUGAGUGACGACGACUUCCAGACGUUUUAUAAUACCUGGAAGAAGUUUGACCCAGAAGCCUCGCAGUUCAUACAGUACAGUGAGCUGUCAGAUUUUUGCGACGCUCUGCCGGAUCCUCUGAGGAUUCCUAAACCGAGCCCCAUCAAACUGACCCACAUGGAUCUGAUGCCUCUACUUCCUGGAGACAGAAUCCACUGCUCGGACGUGCUACAAGCACUCGUCACACAGGUGUUGGGUGACUCAGGAAAGAUGAACUCUCUUAAAGCUAGAAUGGAGGAAAAGUUCAUGGCCAACCCUUCCAAGAUGUCGUGUGAACCAAUCAGCAGCACCCUGCAGGGAAAACAGGAAGCCGUGGUGGCAACAGUGAUCCAGAAGGCAUACAGGAAACACGUCCUGCAGCAAAGAGGCGAUGAAGAGAGGGUCGUCGAGUCGGUGGACAAUGGUGGUGGUGUAUCAGCUUUACAGUGACUGUCUCCUCCUCACUGCUCCUCCCUUUAAUGCCCCGACUUCCUGCCAGAUGACAACCGGAAGGACACUAUCAUCACCAGUGGACUAGCCGCUCACAUCGGAGACGACCCAAAUGAAAGUUUGCUGAAUCCACUCUGUGGUUUUCUUCUGGCUUUGAAAACAUUGUUCCUGCAUCUUCGCUUCCUCGCAGAGCUCAGUGUUUGUUAUUAAACUUUACAAAUAUACUUGAUAAAACUACUAAUCCAGGUUAUGCUUAGCAUUCAUAUAACACUUAUUGUGAUUGUAGUCUUUUCGUCUCACAAUAGGUGAUAGACUCUAUUUCAUAGCAUCCAGAUAAGAUCCAGAUCUCUCUCUGAUUACAGGCCUUAUUAUAUACAACAUUAUAUAACAUUAACAUAGUAACAUGAGCAUUUGAUAGACGUUAGUAUUAUAAAAGUAACAGCAUGAAAACAAGUAACUUUAGCAUUAAAAAGUAACGUUCGUAUUAUUAAAGUACUAUAAGCAUUACAUAAACGGUAGUUAGGCAGUGUUAUACAGGUAUUAGACAGGUGCUGCACCUGUCAACAUACAUACAUGUAGCCAAAAACUAAAAUGACUCCAGCUGAUCAAUUGAUUAUUUUUACAAUACAUUUACAAGGUAUCCUUCUACCAAACUGUUGUACUUUAUUAAACAUGUUUACUUCA